AUGUCUGUCACCAUAUUCCUAUUAACCCUCUGUGUUCCUGCUAUUCUUGGUGACAUAGAAUUGACCGAUUUACAAAAACUUGAAGAAGCUUCUGAAUGCGACCCCACUUGCUGGUUUCGCGAGGAGAUAAUCACAUAUGAAACUAUCGAGCAAUGGCCAGUGAAUUGUACAGAAGUUUGCGGAAUAAUGGGUUUUACUGAUACAGCAGACGUACCAGUUUUUGAUCUACAAUAUUAUUUUCAAAAUUUGAAAGUUUUGAAAGGGAAAAUAUACAUCAUCGGGACACAAUAUGCCAGUGUAGAAUUUCUUUCAACGUUGGAGGAGAUUUAUUGUGGUCCUUUAAAAUCAUUGAGUUUUGCCGGAAAUCCUAAUCUUGAAACUUUCGAGUUAGGAAACUUGAAAAAUGUGUCUUGUGAGUUCUCAAUCUAUGAUAACAAGCGCCUUGAUGUCUCCGAGUUUUGUGAAAAAAAUGAAGGAUUGGCUUUGAUGGCAAUCGAUAAUAAUUUUAAAAACUGUAAAGGCUGCAUUGCUGGUAUGUUUUACACUAACCAGAUGAGUAAAUUCAUAAAUUGUACAUCAAUCGUGUUCGGAAUGAAAUUUUACUCGUUUCAUAUAGUUCAUGAAAAUCCUCCAAUGGAUUUUACGGAAUCUCUAACUACUAACGAGCCAAAUUUCAUAAUAAGCAUUGAGAAUGUUCAUGAAGAUUUCUGUUUCACAACAUCUGAAAUGAAACUGUUUUUGGAAAAUAAUGUGAUGUUUAAAAGUCUGAAAGCAAUGUACUGUGAGAAGCAAACGGGUGAAACCGCGUGUCUAUUUGAGAGUUUGAAAAACUUGGAAGCAAAUUGCAAAGAGAUUCUCGGGGAUAUCAGAAUCAACCCUGGUGAUGAGAUUUAUACGGACAAGUUGAAGAAUAUCUCUUUUAUUUUUGGAUCGCUGAUGAUUCAGAAUACAAGUUUAACUGAUUUGACAUUUUUGGGAAGUCUACAGUAUGUUAGUUCGUUGCACAAUUCUACUAUUCCACUCCAACUAAAUUCAAACAAAAAUUUGAGAGAGGCCAACUUGCCAAACCUAAAGUAUACAAAUUGUGCCAAAGAGUUGACUGAUUAUGAAAAAAUUGCUAAGGCUUAUGAAUGUGAUUCCAACUGUUGGUUUCGUGAGAAUGAAGUGAACUCCACAACAAUAAACAAAUGGCCACAGAACUGUUCAGAUGUCUGCGGGAUGAUGACAUUCACACAGACUGCUGACAUUCCUGUUUUCGAGUUGCAAAACUAUUUCCGACACUUGAUAGUUUUCAAGGGAGCGAUAUCUUUCGCUAAUACACAAUACGCUAGUAUAGAGUUUUUAGCGUCAUUGGAAGAAGUGUAUUGUGAUGUUUUGAACAAUUUCGAAUUCCGGUUGAAUGCGAACCUUGAAAUGUUAAAUUUUGAAAACUUAACCAAGAUAACGUGCAGCUUCUAUGCUUACAACAAUUCCCGCCUCGAUGCUACUGAAUUUUGUGAUAGGUUUGGAGAUCUGAAUGUAAUGUUCAUUUAUGACAACUUUAAAAGCUGUAAAGGAUGCAUAGUUCAGAAUCUUUAUAGUACCGAACUGUACAAAUAUCAAGGAUGUACUUCUAUUAUAAACGCAAUGUAUUUUUAUGCGUUUUGGACAAAUUAUGACCCACCAGUCGAUAUGUCCCCAUUGAAUAGUGUACAAAACAUCAGUGGUUGUUUAAACUUUUAUGACACCGAUUUGAAAAACUUUUCGUUUUUCGAGAGCUUGGAAAACUUGAGGUCUAACCAAUACUUUGAUUAUGACAUUAAUAUUUAUCAAUGCUUCAAUUUGACAAGAUUCGACAUGCCAGCUUUGAAAACAAUAUCAACGACAAGAACGAAUUUUAUAAUGAAUGUCUUUGGAGUGCAUGAUGAUUUCUGUUUCACAACGUCUGAGAUGCAUUUAUUUCUCGAAAAUAAUGUGUUAUUCGACAAUUUACAUGGAAAAUAUUGUUAUAACGAAACCGAAGAAAAUGUAUGCAUCUUCGAGAAUAUGAGUAGUCUGGAAAGCAAUUGCACCGAUAUUUUGGGACCUGUCCUUAUAAACUCUGGGGAGGAAAGUUACAAAGAAAAAUUGAGAAAUGUUAGAAAUAUCUAUGGAUUGUUGAUAAUUCAAGGCACCGAUCUCAUUGAUUUGAACUUUCUAGAGAACUUGGAAUAUAUUGCAGUUUUGAAUGGUAUCUAUUCUCUGAGAAACUCAGAAUAUCGUUAA